AUCUGCUACAUGCUGAACCUACCCUACCUUUACGAGUCGGUUAUGUUGUCUUUCAGCGCUUACACAAUCGACAACCUUUGAACAUGUAAAUAUUUAUAACCUGUGUUGAUGAUCUGACGCACAUAUGCUUAUUUUUAUAAGACACUCUGCUAGUUUGAAACGUCGUGGACUACGUGUUAAAAUCUGGCAAAGUGAUAGAUGCGUAAGUUAUUAGAGUUAACACAGACUUUGGUACAGUGUCGUAGCUAUUUAAAUCGGAAGCAGGACAGUUAGUUAAUAGUUUAACCUAAAGUAGCAUUUGUGUGUUUAGUGUUGUCAUUUUGCCGAGCUCCUAGUAAUUUCAACGCAAACCGUCACGUGAAAUGUACAUUCUUUCUGCUUUCAUGAGAGGGUCACGAGACGACCACCAAUUCGCUUCAGUUUGUGCACCAGUGCCAAAGAUGUAAAGUUUCGUGCGUGCAGCACUGCAAAUAUGCCUUAAAAAAGCUAUGCUUUCCUUGAUACUAAUUUAAUUUUUAUGGACCAAGGCUUACUUUGAAAGUCUGCAGCUGGCAUCUUUGUGGAUUUGAAUGAGCUAAGGAUGGCUGACGUAAGGACAUAUAAUGUUGUUGUUUUGGGAAUAGGAUUUUUGCUCAUUUUCACAGCAUUCACCACUUGUGGUAACAUUGAACAAACAGUGGUGAAGAGUUUGAAUAACACUACUUUCAUUGGCAGUGGGUAUCACAGCCUUGGAAUAAUAUAUGGAGUUUUUUCAUUCUGUAAUUUAUUAGCUCCCACCAUUGUCGCUAUAAUAGGACCACGGUUUACAAUGUUCCUGAGUGGGAUUCUUUAUAGUGGUUAUAUAGCCGUAUUCAUCAUUCCAUCCACAUGGUCUUUUUAUUUGACUUCAGUGCUAACUGGCAUUGGAGCAGCCAUGCUGUGGACAGCUCAAGGAAACUUUCUAGUGGAGAACUCUGAUGUUUCCACCAUCAACCGAAACACAGGAUUGUUUUGGGCUUUAUUGCAGUGCAGUAUGUUGUUUGGCAAUCUAUACGUUUAUUUUGAUUGGAAAGGAAAAACUGACAUUUCAGAUAAAGACAGAAAGAUAAUUUUUACAGCCCUGCUGGUUAUCUCGGUGCUCGGGACAGUAAGUUUUCUCUUCUUGAGAAAGGCUCGCGAGAUGGAAGAAGCUCUUUCUGAAGAGGAAUGCCAGUCUCUGUUAUCAACACCACUUAUGUAUCAACAAAGAGCAAGCUCUGCUGUGAGGGAAACCAAAACAGAUUUAAAGACCACUUUGGAAAUCUUCAAAACCAAAACCAUAUUGUUAUUAAGUUUCUGCAUGGCGUACAGUGGUUUAGAGCUGUCAUUUUACAGUGGGGUGUAUGGGACUUGCAUUGGCGCUACGACACACUUUGGCGUCGCAGCAAAAAGUUUGAUCGGCAUUUCAGGCAUUGUACUGGGAGCUGGAGAAAUAAUUGGUGGAGGAUUGUUUGGCCUUGUGUUGAAGAAUAGCCGGUUCAGACGCACUUCAGUGGUCUUUUUAGGAAUGGUUGUGCACUUUUUGGCCUUCUACCUGAUAUUCCUCAAUAUACCAGAUGAUGCACCUGUGAUCCUCAAUACCAGCUCACAACAUACGUCAUAUCUGACGCCAAGUGUUUCCAUUGCCCUGCUGUGCAGCUUUUUGCUCGGUCUUGGAGACAGCUGCUUCAAUACUCAACUCUACAGCAUCCUAGGACAAGUGUAUGCUGAGGAGAGUGCACCAGCCUUUGCUAUAUUUAAAUUCAUACAGUCCAUCUUUGCAGCAGUGGCAUUCUUCUACGGUGGCUAUAUUCUCCUAACCUGGCAGCUGCUGGUUAUGGUUAUCCUAGGCUUUAUAGGAACCCUGUGCUUUUUCAUGGUGGAGAGGAUGCAGAAUGUGUCAGCUGAUACACAAGAGUAUUAAGACCCUUUCAUUGUGCCAUUGCACAGGAAACAUUUCAGUAACAUUUGUACUACUUGCACUAUUUGGAUGUUUUGAUUACAUCACUACUUCUCAUUUUGUAAAAAUGUGGAUUUUUAAUGCAACUUUUUUGCUGUGAUAGCAUGUUAUUGCAAAAGAAACAAGAACACUUUGUAAACAAAAUAUUUUAUUCUUAUAAUGGAAUUGUAUUAGUUGAGUAUUUAACUUAAUGUCUCAAUAGAAAUUGUAUCUUCAGAAGUGAUGCAUGUGCCUACACAAAGAAAGGCUGUGUCUUAGUUAAGUUAGUCUUGUGGAAAUCCUCAGGGUUCUGACUCAGUAUGCAUUCAAGCUAUACAUUUUAUCAGGAUUUAUGUUCCCUGAGGAUUUCUUAUAGAGCUGUAAUUGAAAAUGGUUCAUAAGAUACAUUUUCAGAUUUCUUUUUAGAAACUAUUUUCUUUACGCAAUAUAUUCCUAACACAUUUCAGAAGUAAACUUUACAAUUAUUGGAUAGUUUUUAAAACCAUACCAAAUACGUUGUUUUCAGAAAAUGAAACUUUUAAGCAUUACACAUAAAUGAAUAUAAUCUUGUCUAGCCUCGGGUUGUUUCACAAGACAAACAGAACUGGUUUAAACACGAUUUUAUCUGACUGCUAAACACAGUUUAUGCAAUCGUUUCAAUGACAAAUCUAUCAUGAAUGUCUCGACUAAAUGCACGUCUUUAUACGUCACACAAUUGCUCUUUGUUUUAAUCCCUUGUUCUUUUUCUAAAGCCAUAAAUAAGGAGAGAAGAAAAAUAGUAUUAUAAUCCAAGUCACAUUUCGCUUAAGCUUGCAAAAACGAUGCCAAAUGAAAUACCUUUUAAUAAAUGCUCAUUAAUAUAUCACUUUUACAAUAAUUGCUUAAACAUAUAUAUGACAGCAUCACAGUUUUGCUUGGAUGUAUAUGAAGGCACCGUAUUGUGACAUCACUCAAAAGUUACAGUUAGCUUUAGGUAUAACAUGGCUUUUUUAAUGUUUAUUUUUACAUUUGUAUCACUAACACCUGUCUAACACACUGCACAAAUGACAAUGUUUAUUUGCAGCUAUGCAAACAUUUUUAAGUUUCAUUUUGGAAAAAUGCAAUAAUUUGAAAGUGUCAAAUACUUGUCUCUAUUAAGCCUUUUGUGCCAAAUGUAUUUUUGCAUUUGUUUAUUGACAAUCAACACGGUUUUGUGAUGUUUAUUAAGUAUUUAAGAAAAAUAAUAAAUCAUGUUUGUGUAUAUUA